AUGUCAUUCCAGAACCAGUCAAGUGUUCUUCAUAAAUUCAAGGGGAUCCUCUUUUCUACUAUGUCUUCAGAAGAACUUUUAAAUUCCCUGGAUUUUUUCAAUGCAAGAGAAGAUGAUGUGUUUCUGGUGUCCUAUCCAAAAUCUGGUACUCACUGGAUUGCAGAGGUCAUUGGGAACAUUCCGAAUGCUCGAAUUAGUUUAACGUCUCCUAUCGAGUUGGGAGACAUUUCUAAAUUUGACGAGCUAAAAAUGAACUGUAAGAGAAGAGUUAUUCCCACGCAUUUGAGCUACAACAUGCUACCAGUGAAUAUCAAACAAAAACAAUGCAAGAUUAUCUACAUCGUUAGGAAUCCAAAAGAUACGGCUGUUUCUUUAUUCCACUACUACAGAGAUAACCCGAAUCUCCCUGGCAUUGAAACCUGGGCUGCAUUUUUCGAGCUUUUCCUAAGAGGAGAUGGGCCUCUUUCUCAGGCCAGCCUCAGGGCGCACAGAAGUGUGGGCUUCCUGACAGUAUCGAGGGCUUCCAUUGCAUCCUCAGCUCUGGGUGGUGAUAUUAUCCACCGGGGCUGGGCUGGACUGCUGCUGCCCAGGGGAGGUGGUGAUGCAGGUGGUGACUGUGAGCCUCGCGAUCUUUUUAAAAGCAUCAAGAAAAUAGUUACUUUCCUCGGCAUAAAUGUGAGUGACAGUGAAAUUAAUAAGAUUGCUCGGAAAACAUCAUUCAGUGAAAUGAAAAAUAAUGCGGCCAAAGAAAACUGUGAUCCAAAUCAUACUAUCUGUGCCCUCACAUCUAAUAGGAACCUGGUAUUUAGAAAAGGUACUCAGGUUUCCUACUAA